AUGAGACUGCUUCUCUUAUUCUCCGUCAUCUGCCUGAUGGCCACUGUCAGCUUCAGUCAGCCUCCUGGUCCUCCUGGUCAAAAAGGUGAAAAAGGAGAGCGAGGAUAUCCUGGGUUUCCUGGGAUGACAGGACCAACUGGACGAGAUGGUCUUCCUGGGUUACCAGGGGCUAAAGGGGAUCGAGGAUUACCUGGGUUAUCUGGGAUGCCUGGAUAUCCUGGAGUUGAUGGAACAUGCUCUGCUACUGAGACGAGCUGCCCAGACCUCAGAGCCUUGAAGGACAGACUUGCCAAGCUAGAGCUCGCCAUAAAUUAUCACUUUGUCCGGAGAGUUGGUCAGAAAUACUUUGUGUCCAACAAGGAGAGAGGCUCUUUCUCCAGGGCUGUCGAAUUUUGCUCCCAACAACACUUAGAGCUGGCUUUGCCCCAGAACGAGGAGGAGAACAACGCACUGACUCAAGUGUUUGGCGAUGUUUACAAGGCAGCUUGGAUCAGUGUCAACAACAAAAAGGCAGAGGGGGAUUUUGAGGUGGAUAUGAAAAACCAACGUCUCACUUUUACCAAGUGGGGAGAAGGUCAGCCAGACAAAUCCAUCCAAGAUACAGGCUGCACCAUGCUGUCAGAAAACGGCAUCUGGCAAGUUACACCAGAAUGCUUCCUGAACGCUUACAUCAUUUGUCAGUUAUAG